CGAGUUCUCGAUCCACCGCAUCGACUCACCGGCUCACCGCGAGUUGGCAGCAGCAUGAAGACCGGCGCAGGUUUGGACGCCGACGGCGAGUCUCCCCUGCUCUCCUCCUCCGGAUCCGGCAGCGGGGCUGCCCAUUCGGCGUGGCGUUCUCCGGUUCCAUACGUCUUCGGCGGCCUGGCCGCCACGCUCGGCGUCAUCGCCCUCGCCCUCCUCGUCCUCGCCUGCUCCUACUACUGGAACCUCGACUCCGGCGACGACGAAAAGCCCCGCGACGCUGAUGACUCCGGGAGUUCCGCCGUCCUCGAGGAUCGUUUCCUCGUCAUCAUGCCCGGGGACGCGGUCCCCACUGUCCUGGCAAUCCCCAUUGCCAAACGCGCCGCCGCCGUCGACAGCAGCAGCAACAACAACAGCAACUCCGACCGAGACAACCAGCAGCUCUCAAUUCCGGUAGCCUCACCGGAGGAUAACCAGUCGGAGCCCCGAAGCCAUUGAAACGGCCUGUGCUCAUCGAUAUCGAUCUUGUUCUGCUUGCAUGACCAGCGAACGCAAAAAUUUGGAACUCUAUGAAUCCCCAAAUUUUCGAAUAGUAAAAACUGUGAAUUCUCGAUCAAUUUUAUUUGCUGAAGAGAAGAGAAGAAGACAAGCGAGCACGUGACGAGCACGUGGUGGAUGCGGAUGCGGCGAGCCGAGGACGUGCGACAGUCAGGACGGCGUUCCACAGACCCCAACCUGUUCCGAAAUCUUUAAUAACGCGAUAAUAGGCAUGGUCAAUUAUUAGGAACUGAUAUUUAAGAUUUAUCCUUCAUAGGUCUAUAAUUUCUAUAGUUAUAUUUAUCUUAGAUCGACACUAUAAAAAAG